AUGCGACUCCUUUUUCUGCUUGGAAUGAGGAAUUACAGAAUUUUUGUGGUGCUAACUCUGCUAAUAAUUCUCAAUGGGCAGAGCAGUUUCGUGGCACGAGCUGCUGCUGACAGAAAGGUUCAUAUAGUGUAUUUGGGUGAGAAGCAGCAUGAUAAUCCUGAAUUUGUCACAGAAUCUCACCAUCAGAUGUUGUGGUCACUUCUUGGAAGUAAAGAGGAUGCUCAUGAUUCUAUGGUGUACAGUUACCGACAUGGCUUCUCAGGUUUUGCAGCCAAGCUUACCAAGUCCCAAGCCAAGCAAAUAGCAGAUUUACCUGAAGUUGUUCAUGUCACACCUGAUACUUUCUACGAACUGACAACAACUCGGACUUGGGACUACUUAGGCCUUUCAGCAGCCACUCCGAAAAAUCUUCUAAAUGACAGUAAUAUGGGUGAAGAAGUUAUCAUUGGCGUUGUGGACACAGGAGUAUGGCCAGAGUCUGAAGUCUUUAACGAAAAUGGGAUUGGACCGGUUCCAAAACACUGGAAAGGAGGCUGUGAAUCAGGAGAGGAUUUUAACUCCUCUCACUGCAACAAAAAACUCAUAGGAGCCAAAUAUUUCAUGAGUGGGUUUCUUGCGGAGAACGAAAGCUUCAACGUGACAGAAUCACUAGACUAUAUUUCCCCUAGAGACUUUGAUGGUCAUGGCACACAUGUCGCCACCAUAGCAGGUGGUUCGGUCUUGCCCGGGAUAAGCUACAAGGGCCUAGCCGGAGGAACUGUGAGAGGUGGGGCCCCUCGUGCUCGUAUAGCAAUGUACAAAGCAUGUUGGGAUGAUUUUGGUGUGACUUGUUCAUCAGCUGACAUCUUGAAAGCUAUGGAUGAAGCUGUACAUGAUGGUGUUGAUGUUUUGUCCCUGUCUCUUGGCUAUCGAGUUCCUUACUUCCCAGAGACUGAUGUCCGCGAUCCGAUAGCUACAGGGGCUUUCCAUGCCAUUUUAAAGGGUAUCACAGUUGUUUGUUCAGGUGGUAACUCUGGCCCAGCGGCUCAGACUGUGGGAAACGUGGCUCCUUGGAUCUUGACAGUGGCUGCAACUACUUUAGACCGGUCCUUCCCCACGCCUCUUACACUUGGGAAUAAUAAAGUCAUCCUGGGUCAAGCAAUGUACACAGGUCCAGAAAUUGGUUUCACUAGCUUGGUUUACCCAGAUGAUUCAGAGAACAGCAGCGAAACUUUGUCUGAUCAAGUGAGGGGAAAAGUUGCGUUGUUCUUUACAACAUCAAAACGUUCAAGCGCUGUAUUAAGCGAUGCAGGCAGUGUGAAAAGAGCUGGUGGUGUUGGUGUAAUUGUCGCAAAAAACCCAGGACACACUCUCUCACCGUGUGUAGAUGAUUUCCCUUGUGUUGCUGUUGACUACGAGCUGGGGACAAAUAUACUUCUCUACAUACGUUCCAGUGGAUCGCCUGUUGUGAAGAUUCAACCUUCUAAAACACUCAUUGGACAACCAGUUGGUACAAAGGUGGCAGAGUUCUCAUCAAGAGGACCUAAUUCAAUUGCCCCUGCCAUCCUUAAACCAGAUAUAGCAGCACCAGGAGUGAACAUAUUAGCAGCUACAAACACCAACACCACUUUCAACGACCGAGGAUUCAUUAUGAUGUCAGGAACAUCAAUGGCGGCUCCUGCCAUUUCAGGUGUUGUUGCACUUCUCAAAUCGACACACCGUGAUUGGUCUCCUGCUGCCAUUAGAUCAGCCAUUGUCACCACAGCUUGGAGAACAGAUCCAUCUGGAGAACCGAUUUUCGCAGAAGGGUCACCCCGGAAGCUAGCUGAUCCGUUUGACUAUGGUGGAGGUCUUGUGAAUCCAGAGAAAGCAGCAAAACCAGGUCUUGUCUAUGACUUGGGCCUUGAAGACUAUGUUCUCUACAUGUGCUCUGUUGGUUACAACGAGUCAUCAAUCUCUCAGCUUGUCGGUAAAGGAACAGUCUGCUCGAAUCCCUUACCUUCCGUUCUUGAUUUCAACUUGCCUUCCAUCACAAUCCCAAACCUCAAAGAUGAAGUUACUCUCACUAGAACCCUCACUAAUGUUGGACCACUCAACUCCGUCUAUAAAGUAGCGGUUGAGCCACCAUUGGGAGUUCAAUUGACUGUGACACCAGAAACGCUAGUGUUCAACUCGACCAACCAAAAGGUCUCUUUCAAAGUGAGCGUCUCGACCACACACAAAAUCAACACAGGCUACUACUUUGGGAGCUUGACUUGGAGUGACUAUGUGCAUAACGUUACAAUUCCUUUGUCUGUGAGGACCCAGAUCCUUCAGAACUACUAUGAUGAGAAUUAA